GAGGAAGCGAGAGGAAGUUUCCCCAGCAGAGAUUAUUUCAGCAUAGAAUGCAAUGUUUUGAAUUUAAGUCAACAACGUAUCCGUCAAGACGCAUAAACGAAACCUGUCUUUUGGGCAAUGUGACUGAUAGAUUCUGCAACGUAAUACGUGAUAAGAAUUGGAAGUAAUCGACAGUCGCAUGACAUCGUCGCAAUUUUCAAUCUCUCACAAGAUUAGGAACGAUCUACAUUGAUAAGAUAGGACCAAGGAUCAUUCAACAUGGUUGGACUAAAUUUGCCAGAGAUUCCACAGCCUUUAAAGAAUAUCGAACAAUCUUUAAGAAUAGCAUCAGUCUAUGACCAACGAGAUCCUGUUGUUAGUUAUUGGUGUAGACUGUAUGCUCUUCAAACAGGGUUGAAGCUUUCAACCAAAACACCAGAGGAAACUAAUUUUUUAUUAAAAUUAAUGGAUUGGUUGGAAAUGACCAAAAAGGAGUCGCGCGAUAACGAAGCUAUCACAAAUGAUGCAGCUGCUCAGGCACAUUUGGAGAAUUGGGCAGAGAAGAUUUUUCUUUUUGCAGAUACAAACGACAGAGCUUCUAAUAUUACCAAGAAAGUAGCACAGAGUUUUUUUACAGCUGGCCUGCUUUACGAUGUUUUAACUGUAAUCGGUGAAUUAAGCGAAUCCGAUACGCAGAAGAGAAAGUAUGCUAAAUGGAAGGCAACAUAUAUUUAUAAUUGUUUGCAAAAUGGUGAAACACCUAUACCAGGACCAAUUGAAGAAAAUACAGAGAACAUUGAUUUGGAGAAAAGUUUGGAAGAAGAAUUGGACAAUUCUCUUGCCACAAUGAAAACAAAAGAAGAAGAAGAAGCACCAUUAAAUACAGAUGGAUCAACUGAUAGUCAAACUAAUUCAACUAGCAAAGGGAACGCGGGGAAAUUGCCUUCCGAUAUCAAAGAAGACGACUAUACGUCUUUAAAAACUGAAGGAGGAGUUGAAUUGUCGUUAGAGCAGAUUAACAACGCACAAAAAUUUAUUAAAUGGGCUGGAGGCGCUUUGAAUUACGAUGACGUACCUUUAACCGUGACAAACCUUCGAAAGGCUUUAAACAUAUUGACACUGGCGAAGGACUCAGAUGAUUAGGAGUAAUC